AUGUCUCCUUCCUUUCAAGCGUUGGGUUGUACCAAGAAGAUGUUGACUCAUGUCGGUGUUGGCAUGGGCGCGGCCAGUUUCUGGCGAGGCGCGUGGUAUGUUCUCGAUGAUCAAUUGUAUCCGGAAGAUGCCAACAAGAGUGCCGCGGCCAGUUUGAUUUUGGGUACGGCCGGCAUGGCCGCAUCGCAAGGCAUUGUCUAUCGCGCCAUGAUGGUCCAGUCUCGCCUCUUCAAGCCAGCGGCCCGUUUUGGAGCCCUUUACACCAUUGCCAUGUCGUGUGUUUUGGUAUGGCGCGGCACGUGGGUCGGAUGGGAUUGUGUCUACGAGUACUAUUACAAUCAACAUUAUCACACAGACUCGACACAACCUUUGAAAGAUGGACAUGUCAAUCAGUCCUUUCUCGAUCAUGGUCCAGUGGGGUUCGCCAUCAAAUCGACGGAUCCUGGACAUUUGACGACGAGUGGAUUGGCAUCGCACUGUGCUGCCAUUGUCGUGCUGGGAGCAUGCGGUGUCUUUGCAUCCGUCUUGGCACCCCCUGCGGCUGUUUCCGUCAUUCGAGAUUUGGCCAUUCAAUCGUCGCGGCGCAGUCAUGCGACGUAUUUUAAACCCAAGUACAUCAAGGUGCGCGACACCAUUGACAAUCGAGCGUACGAAUAUGUCCCGCAUUUGGCCGGAUACUUAAAGUCCCCUUCGGCACCGCCCUCGCCGCUCCAACGAGGAGUGUUGGCUACGACCGUACGAGGAUUCAAAAGUGGAACUUCCACGAGACGAGCCGGACUCAAGGAGUUUUCUGGGUGA